UGUCCAAAAGAGACGUAAAAGAGCAGAAUACUGUAAACUCAUAGAUAGAUUACCUGGUCCUGCUGCCUAUCCACUUAUUGGAACUGCAUGGGAAAUGCUAUUUGCUGAACGCAGAGAUAUUUUCCGAAUGGCUGAUGAGAGAGGAAGGAAAUAUUGGCCUCUAUUCAGAACUUGGAUGGGUCCACUUGCAGAAAUUCAUGUUAUAAAACCACAGCAUGUAGAGAUAAUUAUGAGCAGCACAGACCAUAUCGAAAAAUCUCUUGUUUAUCGAUUCCUUCAUCCUUGGUUGGGACAAGGUCUACUAACAAGCAAAGGGUCUAAAUGGCAUUCUCACAGAAAGAUGAUCACACCAACUUUUCACUUCAAAAUUCUAGAGACAUUUUUUGAAGUCUUUGAAGACAAGAGUCAACUGCUUGUUAAAAAAUUAAAAGAUGAGGCCAAUGGUCAAGUGUUCAACAUUCAUCCUUAUGUUACACGGUGUGCGCUCGAUGUUAUUUGUGAAACUGCAAUGGGGACACCAGUUAAUGCACAGGAAGAGACAGAUUCCGCCUAUGUAUCAGCUGUUUAUGCCAUGAGUGAAAUUACACUUCAGCGAAUUGUUCGUCCAUGGCUGCAUCCUGAUUUUAUAUACAAGAGAACAAAAUAUGGGAAGAUUUAUUAUGAAAGCCUUAAUGUUCUCCAUGGCUUUACAGAAAAGGUAAUUAGGGAGAGAAAGGCCUCAAGACUGAACAAUAAUAAAGAUCUGACUCCCAAAGAUGAUGAGGAGGAAGUCUUUGGAAAGAAGAAACGAGUAGCUUUCUUGGAUUUGUUGCUGGAAGCUUCUGAUGGUGGGAAAAAUCUGACAGACCUGGAAAUAAGAGAGGAAGUGGAUACUUUCAUGUUUGAGGGUCAUGACACCACAGCAGCUAGCAUGUCAUGGAUCCUGUAUCUUCUGGGACUUCAUCAGGAUGUACAGGAAAAGGUAGCAGAAGAACUGUUUGACAUAUUCCAGGGUUCUGAUAGACCUACAACUAUGCAGGAUAUUCAAGCUAUGAAGUAUUUAGAACGUGUCAUCAAAGAAGGUUUAAGGCUUUAUCCCAGUGUACCAUUUAUUGGACGUAUACUCCGUAAGGAAACAAAAAUAGAUGGCUAUACAAUCCCACCAGACACCCUUGUAAACAUUCACAUAUACCAUACUCAUCGUGACCCAGAACAGUGGCCUAAUCCUGAGCACUUUGACCCAGAUAAUUUCUUGCCAGAGCGAAUACAAGGAAGGCAUCCAUUUGCAUAUGUACCAUUUAGUGGUGGACCAAGAAAUUGCAUAGGUCAGAAAUUUGCACUGCUAGAAGAAAAAGUUGUUUUGUCCAACAUAAUAAGAAAAUUUAAAAUAGAAUCAGUAGAAGAUAGAGAAAAGAUGACACUAAUUGGAGAAUUGAUUCUGCGGCCAGAAAAUGGAGUUCUUGUCAAGAUGAAAUCAAGAUGA